AUAAAAACAAACCCUAGAUCACCAUUUCUUGGCUCACGGAUAUAAUAAUAAUAAUUAUAAUAAUAAUAAUAAUAAUAAGUACAUUCAACCUCCCUCUCUUGUCUUCUUUCUGCGUUUCGCCCCUUCCCCUCCUUUCUCCGCUCUUGGUAACAGUCGUUUUAAAGCUUUUCUUUUAGGGCGUUUUCUCGGUUGUUACUUACAAGAGGGAAAGGAAAUAUAUUAAGUUUGUUUUAGAGAAAUUGAUUGAAAAGAAAAAGAAGAUGGAAUUUCUCCAUAAGCUGUGGGACGAAACGCUCGCAGGGCCAGCGCCUGAGACGGGCGUGGGAAAACUGCGUAAAUAUGAUUCAUUCUCUGCAUCACGAUCGUCACCUCCUGUUGUUGAGGAGAUGCCUAUUAUUACUCGAAGUAUUACUAUUUUAAAGAGUAAUUCUAAUUUCAAGAACCUUUCUAUUGAUCCUGGUUCUGCUCCUGAUUCUCCUGCUUCCUCUACCUGUACUACUCCUAGGACACCUUUUUCACCUGGGACACCGAGCGGGGAAUUAAGGAAAUGGACAAGGAGAAAAUCGUCUGCUGAUGCAUUACAAGACUCUGAGCCUAGAAGUCCGACUGUUUACGAUUGGAUUGUGAUAAGUGCUUUGGACCGUUGAGAGAGGAUAUGUAGUGACGAUUUUUGCUUGAAGAAUCGGCAACAAUAUUUAAAGAAUAGAAGAAUGUACAUAUAUAUAUAUAUAUAUAUAGCAAACUCUUGAUCAUAUCUUAUAAUAUAUAUUAGGAAUAACUAAGACCACUGCACGGUUCUGAGAUACAUGGCGUUGAAGGAACCGAAUGCUGCUUCUUAGAGUUUCUUAGAGAGGAAUGGAAAAGGAAAACCGGCUUAAUUUUCCGAACACAUAUUUGCUUGUUGGGGUGUUUGAUUUUCUUCUUCUUCUUCUCCUUCUUCUUCUUUGUUGUUGUACAUAUACAUGGUGUCGUUGUUUUUCUGUUUCUUGGAUUUGUAUAUAUGUUCUUGUGAAUAUGGACUCUGUAUUUAUAUCCUCUAUUAAUGAAACUUUGUGGAGCUUGAAUGGACAAAAAAAAAAACUUCAGCUACAGGGAUGAUUAUAAAUUGA